AUGGCCACGCCUACCUCACCUCACACCGCAUUUGUUAUCUAUAUUUUGGUGAAGGCAGGCUUCCUGAGGUCGUCUCCCAAGGUUACAAUAUACCCCAAGGCUCCUAAGAAGUUUCUUGGGCAAAGUCUAAGUAUAACAGCGACUGACAAUACCGAGUCCGUAUCCUCCUCGCUCCAGACUCGAAGUGGUGUGAACCCUUCGGUGCGCCAACCAGAGAGAUGCGCCCCUCGACCCGCGAAUGCAACUUGGAUUUGUCCAAUAUGCACAUUUUCUAACCCCGUCCCGUCCAACUUUGAUCCUUCUACUGCCACAUCAUCGACGCCCAUUCCGCCCUGCUUAACAUGCGGUAUUAAACCUCCACUCACAGUAUUAUUGAAAGCAGCUAUAGCCUCCGCAACGAAUCGUAAUGUAUCUGAUCCUACUACCUUGUCCGAUAAAACCCAACGGUCCACAAGCGACAGCACAAAUUUCCCUACAGCAAGCCACCAACUAACCUCGUGCCCUCGGUGUACCUUCGCAAACCAUCCGUCACUGUUGGAAUGUGAAAUAUGUGGCGCCCCCCUCAAAAAGGCAAGUGUCAACACCAUCGAUCGAUCGGACUCGCCCGCUCCAUCAUUGAGUACUUCUCAAUUGGACAAUACAGAAAUCAAAGAGAGCAUGAAGCUAUCCUUUCGCGGUGGCGGGGAAAAGGUCUUCCAUGAGAGGCUUAACGAUGCUCUGAUCCAAAGAAAAUGGCUGCUUUACGGCGCUCCUCCUGUUCCCCGAUCCCCGGCUUCCGGUGUAUUGGAAACGGGCCCCUCGCCUAGUGGAGAACUGGCGCCGAGACAGGAUCGUGACGCAAGGCCAAAAGGAGUUGGAAUUGCGGGGCUCGAACGGAGGGGUUUCCAGUCUAGAAAAAAUAAUGAAGCGGUAAUCGGAAAUGCAUUUGAGGAUUUGGAAGCAUUAAUGGCUUCUGCAAAAGACAUUGUCGCGCUGGCCGAGACCCUUUCAGCUGAAACUGGGAUUCAGUCAAAUAGCUCGUCUUCGGAGGCGACUAGGGUAAUUUCACAAUCAGCAGCCGCCCUUGGAAUGAUUACAACCAAAGACAUGCUUUCCGGUGGUGGCUCGGAUAAUCUAUACCUUUCCGAAUUGUCCCGCAAUCUCGCAGAAUAUUUGACGGAUGACCGGCAAGGCAUACUGCGACGUGAAGGCGGUAUUAUGAGUCUUAUCGAUCUUUGGUCUAUUUUUAAUCGUCACCGAAAUGGUGUGGAGCUUGUCAGCCCGUCGGAUUUUCACAAGGCGGCGGAGCUGUGGGGCAAACUCAAGCUUCCUGUGCGCUUACGACGUUUCCAGAGUGGAUUAUUAGUUGUUCAACCCCACGAUUGGACGGAUGAGAGAUGCAUCCGCUUACUCGAAACUUGGCUGGAUGAACUACAUACGCAAUCUCCUACUAGUGAGAUCUUGUGGGAUUGGACAGCGUACGGUAGAGGUGUAACGGCCCAAGAAGCCGCUGCGCGUUUCGGAUGGAGUGUUGGGGUUGCCUCAGAAGAGCUAGAAAUGGCUGAGGAACGUGGCAUACUCUGCCGUGAAGAGGGCAUCGAAGGAAUUCGAUUCUGGCGCAACCAUAUCAUAGGUUCCCUAAGUGCUGAAGAAACAAUGUCACAUACUUUUACAGACACUGUUAGUAUAUGCUAG